AUUUAUCCAUUCGUUUUAAUAGUUUUUAUUAUUUUUCCAUUUCAGGGGCUGUUUGGCUCCCCGGAAAAGACGAGCUCAAGAUUCGUGGAAUCAGAUUGUGUCUCUUUUACAAGCGAAAGAACGAAAAAAGAAUAUGUUUGAAAGUUCCUUAUAGUGUUGUUUGUGAUGCCUUGAGUAAAUUUACCGUAUGGAGACCCUCAUAGAAGACAAGUUUGUAACAAGCUCUACAAGAGGUGAAUCAGGUGCAUCAUGUGAAACUGAAACAACUCAAGAGCCAUGUCAAGGUAUGAUAUUUGACUCAGAACAAGCAGCCAAAGCAUUCUACGAUGACUAUGCUAGACAGGUAGGAUUUUUUACGCGCAUUGUGUCGUCCCAGAAGUCAGAGCGCGAUGGAUCAAUAAUCUCCCGCAGGCUAGCAUGUAACAAGGAGGGAUUUAAUCUUAGCAGUAAAACCGGAGGGAAAAUUCGGAUUCGAAAGCAGGAGAGCAAACGAGAAGGGUGCAUGGCAAUGAUAGUAGUGAAAAGAGAAAAGCCCGGGCAAUGGAUUGUUACCAAGUUUGUCAAGGAUCAUAAUCAUCCACUUCUGGUUUCUUCUACAAAUGGUGGACAAACUUCGGAUGACAAAGACAUGAAAAUCAAGGAACUCUCUUCUGAGCUGCAUCAUGCAAAUCAGUUCUUGGACACUUGUCGGGAGCAGCUACGUGUGUUGAUGACAUAUAUCGAGGAACAUAUUGGUUGCCUAUCAAGAACUGUUGAAAAUGCAGUUCAAAAUAUCAGGGAGAUUGAAUCGAAGAACCAGACUGAACAACAAUAACAAUAGGACUUAAGCAUUUUGGUAGAUGGAUAUAUAUACAUAUGUAUCAUGUGCAGAUAGCAGAUUUCUGAUCUUGUUUUGUAAUUCAAAGUCAUCAGCCAAGUUUUUUUAA